CACAAUAAUUAUGUAAUAAGUGAUAUGGAUUUUUGAAAAUUGGAUGGAUAUAGGGUUCCAAAAGGACAUUCUUUUCUCUCUUUUUAAACUUUAAAGCUUCCAGCUUUCUCUUUAAAUUUGUGAAUCAGUUACAUGAUGCUUUAGAUUCUCUGUUGAACUUCAACAGCCAGAAGCUUUUUCCACUGAAGAACUUGUACAGUACAACUCUCUUAUGCAACACCAUAUCUAGUUAAACUCCUGGUAACAAUGAAGUUUAUGUGUAAAGAAAGUUGAUUUCCAAAUAUGCAUUGGAUGUUUGAAACAAUGAGGCUUGAAUUGUGGCUUGGAUCUAUGUUAGUUAUAUUUGCCAGUUUGUCCAAUGCUAUAGAUCCCUUUGUAGGAAUAAACAUUGGCACUAAUCAGUCAAACCUACCUUCGCCGGAGCAAAUAGUCGGGACCCUUAGAACCCAUCACAUAACACAUGUUCGCCUUUUCGACACCAAUGCUCGCUUGCUUACCGCACUAUCGGACACUGGAAUCGAAGUUAUGAUUAGCGUUACGAACGAUGAAGUCUCAGAGAUCGGAGAAUCGCCAUCAUUUGCCGCCACAUGGGUUAACACGCACGUGGCGGCCUUCAAACCCGCCACCAAUAUCACCGCCAUUGCUGUCGGUAGCGAGUUCGUUUCUUCAAACCCGAUUGCCGCCGCCACUGUUCUUGUCCCGGCGAUGGAAAAUCUUUAUAACGCUUUAGUUGCGUCGAAUUUGAACGAUCAGAUUAAAGUUUCGACCCCUUUAUCAAUGGAUAUGAUUCCGAAGCCUUUCCCGCCAUCUACUGCCACUUUUAACGCGUCUUUGAAUUCAACUAUUCAUCGGAUUCUUGAUUUUUUGAAGAAUAGUAAUUCUUUUUACAUGUUAAACGCAUUUCCUUAUGAUACUUACGUACAAAGCAACGGGGUUUUUCCGAUACAAUAUGCUCUUUUUCAGCCACUUCCGGUGGUCAAACAAAUCGUUGAUCCGAACACACUUUUCCAUUAUGAAAGCAUGUUUGAUGCUAUGGUGGAUGCCACCUAUUAUUCGAUAUUCGCUUAUAAUUCUUCGGUCAUCCCGAUUAUUGUGACUGAAACGGGCUGGCCGUGGUCUGGUGAGGCCAAUGAAAGUGAUGCCACGGUGGAAAGCGCAGACACUUUCAACAAUAACUUGAUUCAACGGGUUUUGACUGGGUCGGGCCCGCCGAGCCAACCCACAUUGUUAUUAAAAUCAUAUAUUUACGAGAUGUUUAAUGAUGACAAGAAGCCGAGCUAUGGUGUGUUCUUUAGAAAUGGGAGUUCGGUUUAUGAUCUUGAUCUUGGUGGGCCCACUGGUAAUCUUUCGGGUGGAUUUUGUGUAGCGAGAAAAGGGGUGGACCCCACAAGUUUACAAGGUGGGUUGAAUUGGGCGUGUGGGCCCGGGCAGGCGAACUGCACCGCCAUUCAGUCCGGGCAGCCAUGUUACCUGCCCAAUACGGUACAAAACCAUGCUUCUUAUGCGUAUAAUGAUUAUUACCAACGAAAGCGUACGGUAGGUGGAACCUGCGAUUUUGGUGGGACGGCUGUAAUAACUAACGUUAAUCCGAGUUAUGGAUCUUGCAUAUAUACAGGAAGUUCAAAUUCGAGUGCCGGUGGGGUCAGUCCGCCAGCAUUUGUACCAGCGGGCCCCUCGGGGAGUUUAUCACCGCCACAUCGGGUUCCUAAAACCGGGUACCUGAUCUUAGCAACGGUUUUGACUUGCUGGUUGUUAGAUGUGUAGAUUUUGUGUAAACUUGUAUAGUUGAUUCUUUUUGGUCUCAAAAUUUCCAAUGCAAGACAUUUGUUAAGCUUAUUUUGUUUUGGAUAUGAAUAUGGAAAUUUUUU